ACCUUCAGCGAUGUGGCUGUGACGUUCACCAGGGAGGAGUGGCAGCUCCUGGACCCUGCUCAGAAGGCCCUGUGCCAGGACGUGAUGCUGGAGAACUACAGCAACCUGAUGUCCAUUGGGUAUCAAGUUAGCAAACCAGAUGCACCCUCCAGGUUGGAACGAGGAGAACAACCAUGGCCUGUAUUAGAUGAACAACAUAGUGGCAUCUUUUCAGAAAUCUGGAAAGUUGAUGGUCAUCUGCUUGGACACUUGCAAAAUGAACGAAGGGUGGACAGAGUGGAACAAAGCUGUGAACAUAACACAUUGGAGAAUAUUGUUCAUCGGCACAAAAAUUAUUUUUCUUUCAGGGAAAAUUGUGAUAAGUUAGACUUACAUGACAAAGCUGUGAAGUCAAAUUUCUCUUCACUGACCAUCAACCAGAAUAGACUCAGUGAAAUCAAGAAUUCUCCUGAGCUUAGUGGGGAUAAGAAAACCUUUCUCCAUGCUGACCAUGAGCAAUUUUGUACUGAAGUGAAAUUUGCUAAGAGUCAAAAAUCCAACAGCUCAAAGUCUCAACUCAUUAAAGAUCAGAAAACUCACAAAAUAGAAAAAUCACAUGUCUGUAGUGAGUGUGGGAAAGGCUUCAACCAUAAGGGAAGUCUCGUUAUCCAUCAGCGAACUCACACUGGAGAGAAACCCUAUGUGUGUAGUGAAUGUGGGAAAGGCUUCAUCAAAAAGUCAGAGCUCAAUAUUCAUCAGCGAAUUCAUACUGGAGAGAAACCACAUGUAUGCAGUGAAUGUGGAAGAGCCUUCAUCCGGAAGGGACAUCUCAUCAUCCAUCAGCGAACUCAUACUGGAGAGAAGCCCCAUGUGUGUGUUGAAUGUGGGAAAGGCUUUAUCCAUAGGGGAAAUCUCAUUAGUCAUCAGCGAAUUCAUACUGGAGAGAAACCCUAUGUUUGUGGUGACUGUGGGAAAGGCUUCAGUCAGAAGCCAUGCCUCAUAGCACAUCAGCGAUUCCACACAGGGAAGUUUCCCUUUUCAUGCAGUGAAUGUGGAAAAUCUUAUACCCAGAAUUCAACUCUUAUUAGACAUCGGAAAAUUCACACAGGUGAGAAACCCUUUCAAUGCAAUGAAUGUUGGAAGGCCUUUGAAACAAAGCCAAAGCUCAUUGUACAUCAAAGAUCUCAUACAGGAGAAACACCAUAUAGCUGCAAUGAGUGUGGACAGACUUUUUCCUAUGCUUCUAACUUUAAUGCACAUAAAAGAAAACACAAUAGAGAGAAACAUAUAGAUUCAAUCAAGAUAGAAGAACCUUCCAGAGCGAGUCAUGGCUCACCCUCACCAUGUACCAGUGAUCUCAUGCAGAAGAACAGCUCUGUUAAUACAGUGACUGUGCAGGUGCCCUCUGUGGCAGCUCAGACAUCGGUAAACAUUAGUGGGCUCCUAACGAAUAGGAACGUGGUCUGUAUGGAACCUCCCGUUGCCAGAAGUGAACCAUCAGGAGAUAAUGGAGAAUAUUUUCAGCAGAGAAUCCUCAUGAAUGCAGUGAAUGUGGUGGUGCCUUCAGUGAUCAAUUAUAUCUUAUUUUAUGUCACAUAA